AAAUCGCCGAAAGAAAGCUAGAAAAUGGUUGGAAGCUGUUUCCAUUCCGUCUUCUGAAUUUAUUGCUCUGAUCUAACAACCAUUUUCCCUCAACCCUCUUUUCUCCUCUCUUCUCUUAAAUUUAGCUCUCUCCCCUCACAUUCUUGCCACCCCUCCACACCACACCCCUCCUCUCACUUCAAGAAAAAUGGCCGUUUACACCGUCAAGGUCGAAGAAUCUAGACCGUCCAUUGGCAACACGCCGUCUGCAGGCCCUGUUUAUCGUAGCAUCUACGCAAAAGACGGUCUGAUGGAGUUGCCACAAGGAAUUCAGUCUCCUUGGGAGUUCUUCAGUCGAUCUGUUGAAAGGAAUCCCAAGAACCCAAUGCUUGGUCGGCGUGAGAUUACAGAUGGGAAGGUGGGCCCAUACAUCUGGCAAACAUACCAGGAGGUGUAUGACAAAGCUAUCCAAAUUGGAUCUGCUAUUAGAGGUCGUGGCAUUAAUCCUGGCGGUCGUUGCGGAAUAUAUGGUUCCAACUGCCCUGAAUGGAUAAUCACAAUGGAGGCUUGCAACUGCCACGGAAUCUAUUAUGUCCCUUUAUACGACACUCUUGGUGCUAAUGCAGUAGAAUUCAUUAUCAACCAUGCUGAGGUCUCAAUAGCUUUCAUUCAAGAGAAUAAGAUUGAAGCUAUGAUAACGUGUCUUCCGAGGUGUGCUGCAAAUCUAAAGACGAUUGUCAGCUUCGGAAAGAUUUCAAGCGCCCAAAAGAAAGAAGCUGAAGUAGCUGGGGUUUCUUGCUUUUCUUGGGAUGAAUUUUCUCUAUUGGGAAGUGAAACUUGUAAACUGCCUCCAAAAGAGAAGAGUGAUAUCUGCACAAUCAUGUAUACAAGUGGAACAACUGGGGAUCCAAAGGGCGUUCUACUAACUAAUGGUGCUAUCAUGGCGGAGGUCAUGACAAUAGAUCAUCUACUCGUAGAAACAGAUAAAGCGGUGACAGAAGAAGACACAUAUUUUUCAUUCCUUCCAUUGGCCCAUGUAUUUGAUCAGAUAAUCGAGACCUAUUGCAUCUACAAGGGUGCAUCUAUUGGAUUUUGGCGAGGGGAUGUUCGGUAUUUGGUUGAGGACAUUCAAGAAUUGAAGCCAACAAUCUUUUGUGGUGUUCCUCGAGUUUACGAUCGCAUAUACACAGGUAUAAAUGAUAAAAUUUCAUCUGGAGGAGCAUUCAAAAGGAUACUAUUUCAAUGUGCUUAUAACUGCAAGUUGAAGAGUUUGAAUGAGGGCUUGAAACAGGACAAAGCAGCACCUUUCUGUGAUAGGGUCAUCUUCAACAAAAUCAAACAAGGGUUAGGAGGACGGGUACGCAUCAUGUUAUCUGGAGCAGCACCAUUGUCUAGGCAUAUUGAGGAGUUUUUGAGAGUCACAAGCGGCAGCAUUUUGUUACAAGGAUAUGGUCUCACUGAAAGUUGUGCAGGUUGUUUUACAUCCGUAGCCAAUGUGUUCUCAAUGAUGGGGACGGUGGGUGUACCUGUCACAACCAUCGAAGCAAGACUUGAGUCGGUACCUGACAUGGGAUACGACGCACUCGCAGCAGUGCCACGUGGGGAGAUUUGCUUGCGUGGUAAAACCUUAUUUUCAGGUUAUUACAAACGUCCGGACCUUACAGAAGAAGUCUUCAUCGAUGGUUGGUUUCAUACAGGCGAUAUUGGAGAAUGGCAGCCCAAUGGUGCAAUGAAAAUCGUAGACAGGAAAAAGAACAUUUUCAAGUUGUCUCAAGGGGAGUAUGUUGCUGUUGAAAACAUUGAAAACACAUAUAGCCGUUGCCCUCUUAUCACCUCGAUUUGGGUAUAUGGGAACAGCUUCGAAUCUUUUCUUGUGGCCGUGGUCAUCCCUGACAGGAAAGUGCUCGAGGAUUGGGCAGUGACCUAUAACGAGGUGGGAGAUUUCGAAUCAUUGUGCAGAAAUCCAAGGGCGAGGAAGUACAUUCUUGAUGAGCUCAAUAAUGCCGGUCGUAAACACAAACUUAGAGGGUUUGAGCUGUUAAAAUCAGUUCAUUUGGAACCGACUCCUUUCGACAUUGAGAGGGACUUGAUUACUCCAACUUUCAAAUUGAAAAGGCCACAAUUACUCAAAUACUACAAAGAUCGCGUCGAUGAGCUCUAUGGCGAGGUGAAGGGAACAAAGAUAUGAGAUGGUACCAGAAUUUGGGAUAUUGGAAUGGAAGAUUGAAAUUGCACCAACACCUGAAUAGGUAAAUGGGCUAAUCCCAUGCCGUGGCAGUGUCUAGUAAUAGAUCUUUCUAAGGCUCAUGUUCUCUUGAUCCAUUUCGUGGCAACUUUAUUGUUUGUUCCUCUUCCAUGUUCAUAAGUAAAAUAGGCCAUCUUCUUUUUUUUUUUUUCCUUAAAUAUUAUAUUUUUCCUGUCUAAGGGAGAAUAAUUGAUGUUAUUAUUUAUUGAAUGUGAUAAAGAAGAUUUUUCUCGUA